UGAGAGGGAGGGGGAACGGCCAGCGAGCUAACAGCUCACGAAAGAGAGGGAAAGGAUUUGUGUACCAGUGUGUGAAUCUGCAGACGCAGAUCUGAAGGGAGAACACUCACUGUUAGGCAAGACCAGCGUGGCUUUUCAAGAGGUAACCCUCGCUGCUCAUUGUGGAUCCCGGAGGAAUGAAGGGGAGGUACUGACAACCCCCCUCCCCAGCAGUCAAACCCAGGAGGUGGGCUAGGGGGAGGUAUAUGACCCAUCGUUUGCAUCUAAGGAGAGGCGUGAGGUGGGGAGAGGAAAACUGAGUAAUAGGCACCUUUUAAAAAAAUUUUUUCCCAUUCACAAAUACGCCGCAUGCGAUAGUCAUGGUGAUGUAGAGCCAGUCCUUCUGGAAGGAUGAGGCAGAGUCCUGUUGGCUGCUGAAGCUUGGUGCCUUGCUCCACGCAGAUGUGUCUGUUGCAGUUCCACCUUAUUUCCCAGGUUCGUCCGUCUUUUCUUGUCUGUUUGCACUUUUCAUUGUGCUUUGUAUCUUUGCUCUGAAACUGUGCAUGGUUCACACGAUUGAAGGAUUCAGGCUUUCAUUGUGUUUGGAGCUUCCUGAAUUGUCAGCUGAUUUCAAGACAGAACAAAAGAGAAGCCUAUGAUAAAAGAGUAACGUGGAUGUGAAGCAACCAAACUUGAAUACUAUAAACUAACAAACAAAUAUAAACAAGUAUAAAAAGGCAAAAAACAUUGCUAUCAGCUAUUAUUCUUACAAAUCAGUGUACCCUACACUGUUAAGGAGGACAAUUGAUUUUACUUUCUGUUAAAUGGACAAGUAAGUUCUCAGUAGGAACAGAACAGUGAUGACAGCCAUGAAGACAGACUCAGAAGACAGCAUUGAGAGCAUCAGGCCUUCGAACUUGCAAGCCUUUGCCAACUCGUCCACGCUCCAUGGAAUGAGCCACAUAUUCGCCUAUGGACACAUGACAUUUCGUAGAUUUCUCUGGACUCUCUCGUUUCUGGGCUCUCUCGGACUGCUUCUGCUGGUCUGCAUGGACAGGGUGGCCUACUACUUUGAGUUCCCACAUGUCACCAAACUGGAUGAAGUGGCAGCCCCUAACCUCACCUUUCCUGCUAUUACUUUCUGUAAUCUCAAUGAGUUCCGCUUUUCCAAGAUGACGAAGAAUGAUCUUUACCAUGUGGGCGAACUGCUAGCUCUACUCAACGAGAACUACCAGAUUGCAAACCCACAUCUAGCAGAGCCACAAAUCCUUGCAUCUCUGAAGGAAAAGGCCAAUUUUGUCAAUUUCAAGCCCAAGCAAUUCAACAUGACUGAUUUCUACAACCGCACCGGCCAUGACAUCAGCGACAUGCUCCUACAGUGCACCUUCCGAGGGGAGGAUUGCUUCCAUUUCAACUUCAGCACAAUUUAUACAAGAUAUGGGAAAUGCUACACCUUCAACUCAGGCUUGGAUGGCAACCCCUUGCUGACAACGCUAAAAGGUGGCACAGGAAAUGGGCUGGAGAUAAUGCUUGAUAUUCAGCAGGAUGAAUACCUGCCAGUGUGGGGUGACACAGAUGAGACCUCGUACGAAGCAGGCAUCAAAGUUCAGAUCCACAGCCAGGAUGAGCCGCCCUUCAUAGACCAGCUAGGAUUUGGUGUGGCCCCUGGUUUUCAAACAUUUGUGUCUUGCCAGCAGCAACGGCUUCAGUACCUUCCUCCACCAUGGGGUGACUGCAGGUCCGCUCCCUUGGAAACCGACUACUUCCCCACAUACAGCAUCACAGCAUGCCGUAUUGAAUGUGAAACUCGGUACCUGCUGGAGACCUGCAACUGCAGAAUGGUGCACAUGCCGGGCACCUCCACUGUCUGUACGCCGGAGCAAUAUAAGGAGUGUGCAGACCCUGCCUUGGAUUACCUUGUUGAGAAAGACAGUAAGUACUGUGUGUGUCUGACGCCAUGCAACAUGACCCGAUAUGGAAAGGAGCUUUCAAUGGUGAAAAUACCCAGCAAAGCUUCUGCCAAAUAUCUUGCCAAGAAGUUCAACAAGACAGAACAAUACAUUGGAGAUAACAUAUUAGUGUUGGACAUCUUUUUUGAAGCUCUGAACUAUGAAAAGAUUGAACAGAAGAAGGCAUAUGAAGUGGCUGGUCUACUUGGUGACAUUGGUGGACAGAUGGGUCUGUUUAUAGGAGCCAGUGUACUUACAAUACUGGAGAUAUUUGAUUACUUGUAUGAGGUGUUUAAGGAUAAAGUUUUAAACAACUAUGUGCGGAAGGAUCGUUCACGUCGGAGCACAAGUGAUAAUCUGGAGUACUCCGAGAAUCCCACCAGCCCUGGUGUCACAUCUAAUCAUGUUCCCAGCUUUCAAGACGAUGAUGAUGAUUUGAACAAGUUCAGAUUUGAAUAUGCAGACAAACCCUCCAACAUCGAGCAUGUGAGCACAUGUGACACACUCCGGAGUCACUCGGACAGCCUCGGAUUCACGCCGAACAUGCUACCUAGUCACCAGGCUAUAGGCAACUUCGAGGAGUUUGCCUGUUGAUGAAGCAGGUGUCGAGCCACGAUGAGGACAAUUAGGGUUUGACAGCAAACUGUGAUGUAAACUUGUGUACUCCGACCCACUUGUAUGUUCACACCACUGUACAUGAUGACUUACUGAUAUCACUUAGUCAAAAGAUCUAUGCCUGAAUAUACAGAGACAUCACCAUAAGUACAAAUUCUAAAGACAAUACUCAGGUUUUAUUAGCAUAACUCAGUUAUCUCAACACCAACUGUUUGUUUCAUGUUGUUAAAAUAUUAAUACGUUAUCAAAGAUUUUAAACCUAAAUCAGAGAUUGAGAGGGAAAGGUUUCAGUGUAUUUGUGAAAGAGGUAUGAACACCUAGGAUUUAAUUUGAAGGCUAUCACUGAAAAUAAAGUAAACAAUGAGGCGCACCAUUAUACAGAAACAUAGAGUGGCUAAACUGGCAGUGGCAUUUACUUUUGCCAACAGGAUUUUACAAGCAUAUCGUUUGAAAACAUGCUUCAUUGGGUUCAUAGUGUUCAAAAAGAAUGAAGCUGAAAUUGAAAUUGAAAAUGUUUGUCUCUGUUUACAUGUAUAUAAGUGCAAUAAUAUGCAUAAUGUGUUAGUAAAACAGAUGUAUUGCCCUCUAGUCUUAACUAUUAAUUGUCAAGAGAAAAGAAAUAAUGAGAGAUUAUAUUCUGGUGCAGUUACCAGCAAUUCAGUUCUCUCUGAUAACAGUAUUUUACUUUUGAUAUGCAUUGUAUUUGUUUGUCUAUUUAUUUUGUGCCAAUAUAUAUUCUGGCAUUAUCAAAUACAUACACUUAAAGUUUGUCAUACAGACAUUUGUGUGAGUAGUCUAAACGAUUCAGGUUUUAGAUCGAGUAACUCCAUUCUUCAGUUAUGGCCCAGUUAAGAAACUCACCCAUCUUGGCUCCUUGAGCCAAACUCGUAAAAUCCACUGCUUUUUACAAUCAGUACUUAGCUCAGUUUUGGUCCAGUUCACUACAUCACUUUUCCCUCAAUAUGUUGUGAGCGAGUGAUGGCAAAUCAAGUGUGCUGAUUUGCAGACUAUAUUUGUGAUAACAGUGACAUGUUUCAAGUGUAUGACCAUAAGUAUGUGUAAAGCAUAUGCAGAACUCCUCUGGGAUUGCUUCAUUCUCUCUCUUGGGGCUUUCAUUAAAGUGCACCAAGCAUAUAUAACACUUUUCCAUUUGUGGUGAAAUCUACAUUUACCACAGGCGUCUUCCUUUCAUCCCUGCAUGCGCGCAUCACAAAAAAAUACCCAUUUGAUCUGAUGGCUUGCCACAGCACAAUAAUAGAGCAAGAGAUAGUAUCACCAAAUAUCCCCCCGCUUUAAUUUCGCUUCUGCAUUGAGCUACACUGUAUAACUGUUAUGUUUUAUAUAAAUUUCAAUGUGAUUUUUAGCACAUAUAUCCACAUUUUAAAUCAGUUGGUGGUGAAGUGUAAAUUAAUCUAUAUAAUAAACAAUAUAUUUAACCAGCUCUUAA